UGAGCUAUUAUGUGUCUAUAUGUAUAAACCUUGUCGUAUCAUACGUCAAUUAGUUAUCAAAUUGCAGAAAUAAAUUAGAAAUUGUAUUAAAUUGUUUGGUUUGACCCGCAGUCACAUCUAGCUAUCAUCAUUGACCAAUAUUAUGUGUUAAAGUUUUGAAGUUAAUUGAUCAAGCUACUGCUACUAAAAUUUAUCCAAACUAUCCCAUGUAAACUCUUUGUUGCCAAGAGUUUUGUUACCAAUAUGGAAUUUGAUAACAAUGGACAUGGACAGCAAGAGUAUUAUUGUUUGCAGCAAACUCAGCACCUUCAGCAAAGUCCGCAUGCAUCGAAUCAAGCAAGUGUUCCCAAAAAAUCAACGAAGCAAAAUAAUGCGCUACCACUCUGGGGGAAUGAAACAUCGAUGAACUUGAACCCUUUAAUUCUUGCGAACAUACAGGGUUCGAGUUAUUUUAAAGUGUCCUUGUUUAAGCUGAAGACUUACCAUGAAGUUGUAGACGAAAUAUACUAUCAAGUGAAACACUUGGAACCAUGGGAAAGAGGCUCUCGCAAAACCGCGGGUCAGACAGGAAUGUGUGGAGGAGUUAGAGGCGUCGGAGCUGGAGGGAUCGUUUCAACUGCUUUUUGUCUGCUCUACAAACUUUACACUUUACGAUUAACACGAAAACAAGUUAAUGGACUACUGUCUCACGGCGAUUCCCCCUACAUACGAGCAUUAGGUUUUAUGUACUUGCGAUACACUCAACCACCAUCUGAUCUGUUUGAAUGGUAUGAGCCGUACCUGUUAGAUGAAGAGGAGAUUGAUGUCAAAGCUGGCGGAGGACAGAUAAUGACCAUAGGACAAAUGAUACGGCAAUGGUUGACAAAACUUGACUGGUUUUCAACAUUAUUCCCACGUAUACCUGUUCCAAUUCAAAAGCAAAUUGAUGGAAAACUUGACAAUUAUGCAAAAGAAAAUGGUGUUUCAUUCGCAGUUGCACAACCGGAUCGCGGUGGUGUAUCCGUCGGUGCGAAACAAAAUCGUGGAGGAUUGUCAGGAACGUCAGGCGUUUCCAGGGGUUGCGGGCCGAGCACAUCUACAGACGAGCGAGAAUCAUUUCGUUUUGAACGGGCUGAGGAAUCAUUUAAAGAAAAAGUUGAUAAACGAAAUGUGUCUGCACACUGUGAUCGAGAUGCACGGACGACUCGUUACGACCAGUAUGGUGAUGAUCGACACAUUCGUACUCGCAAAGAUUAUCGUGGGAAAGAAUCGGAUCGUGAUAGAGAUCGUGAUAGGUACAGAGAAAAAGAAAGAGUUAAAGAAAGACACAGGGAACGUGAUCGUGAUCGUGAACGCGACCGAUCGCGGGAUCGCAGUCCUGAUCGUAAAGAUUAUCGUGAACGCGAUCAUCAUCACCGUGAUCGAAGACACCGUUGAAGCUUUUUCCAUAAGUUGAGCUGUAUAUACAUAUUUUUCCCUUGUACUUUUCUAGGACACAAUACAUCAAUGACGUGCUCGUUUUUAAAUGUGUAAAGUACGUCGACGAGACAGUACUGUUGGAAAUUUUUGAUAGUCCUGAUUCGAACUAUUUGGAGAAAAUUAUAAUUUUUUUUUUCCGAUAAUCCUGAUUCGGAAAUAUAUAGGGAGUUUGAUUUGUAUCGCUACAUUAACUAUUGUGGCAACGUUGUAAUCAACGAAACAAUAAAACGGGAUUACUUUUCCUAGUUGAACAGCCCCUCACGAAUAUCUCCGAUGAAACGACAUGCACUACUUAUUGUAUCGAUUUCUUUAACAUAUUGUAUCAUUUCUAACAAUUCCGGAUAAAGAGGUUGGUUUCUUUAGAUAUGUUUACUCUAAAGUUACAACAGCUUUUGAAUUACCUCAUGAAACUUCUCAUCCUCUUAACAUUAGUACCUCAUCGAUAACAUGCAUUCUGCUUUGUUUGAAUCCUUAUUUCAUAUAUAUUGUUAAACAAUUCACCAAUGGCACAGUUGAAUUUGUAAAAGUAUAAUACUAAUAAGAACAAGUAUAAUAUAAUACUAAGUAGAACAAACUAUGUUAAGCCGACUUUUUCGACUACCUCAAAGCAAUAGAAUGGCCCGUUUUUGUUGACGUCAUACAGAUGUUUUUUUUUUAAUUCGGUAAUGGAAAUGGCAAUGUAAGGAUGUUCCAACAACUUAUGAUACAGUAGGUGACCGCUAACUGAGAGGUAAACAAGCUCCAGUUAACGAACAAUGUUCGCUAACUGGAGUGACGUUUCUAUGGAUUGAUUGUUUUGAUUGGCGUUGACUGGAAUAAACAUACCAAACUUUUUUUUUUCAUUUAUGUUGAUAUAAAGUAUAGUAAUUCGUGUAAUAACAUAAAUUAAUAGCAAACGUAGGCAAAAGACCCUAAAUUUGCUUGAAAAAUGCACAUUUGCAAUAAAUUUCUCUUCAUGAGAUUCCGGAUGUUUCAUGUUUUGACGUUUAAGUGUUCGUUAACUGGGAGUAACUCCAGUUAGCGAACCUCCAGUUAAAAAGCACUCCAGUUAAAACACAUCCAGUUAGCGGUCACCUACUGUACAUAUAACGGCGUUGUACUAGUUUACAAUUAUUUUGGCCACUUCUUAAGCUCAACAUUGAUGUCCUUCAAAUAAUAAUCUACUUGGGUUUGAAGUGAUAAAAAAUUACACAUUCGCAUUAUUGAUCAGUGUUGCAUUUCUACUCGAUAAGAGAUAAAUAAGAGGAGCGGUCACGUAAUAUGGUCGUCAACUCAUACGACUCAACAACAUGCCCAUCAUGGGUUCAAGUCUAGAACGGACCGUUUUCCCGCAGCAAGGACAGAAUAUUAUUCGGGUACGUGUGGUACUGAGUAAGUCUCGAAAGCCAUAGACUGGCAAGUCCGCCUAAGACCAUACUCCAAAUAGAAGAAAAAGAAAGAGAUAACAAAGUUUUUUUAACCUCUUUUCUCAAACUUCUUGGACUCGUUACAGAAUGCAAAUCAGUUUCCCUAUUUCAUUCUAUCUAGUAGAUAAAAUUUUAGUUUUUUUUUUAAAUCGGCCAAGAUAAUUGCAAAUGAACCCGAUAAAGUUAAAUCCGCUAUCAUUUGUUCCAUGUACAGUCCAUACUUUUAAACUCUUUAUGCGUGCUUUCUUUCUUCAGUGUUGUAAUUGGAAUAUGUUGAUUUCGACUGCUCUUAAAAAUCGACCGUGUAUGCCAGUGCUCUCAAAUAUUUUUAGGAUCGCGGACCACUUGGUUUUGAAAAUACAUUUGCCGUGGCCCAUAUCUAUUUAGGAAAUAAUUUUAGAAUAUUUUUUUAGACUAAGCUCAAAGUUUUUGACCAAAAAUAUGUUUAAAAUAUGUGGGAAAAAGAUGCACAAUAUGUUUAAUGAGCUUUUGUUUUUCAAAAAUAAAUUCUUUCGAGGACUACGUCUGUUAAAGCCUCAGACCACAGGUUGGA